UAAGAACUUUGUUCUCAGAACUAAGUUAUGUUAAUACCUUUUAUUUCCUCAUGUUUUCAGUGGGUUUCCUGUUUGAGAGAAUAAUCAGAUUCAGUGAAGUGUGUGUGCAGAGCAGCCCCUGAAGAUAAUUGUCCCUGUCAGCAGAAUAAUUAAACAGGUUGCUGGGGGGAUGUCGGCAGUGGAGCAGGUGGAGCAGCAGCUGGCGGGGCUGCGCAUCGCCCGGCGCUGUGUGCCCAGCGAGGAACCCGCCUACCUGCUGGACAUCCACACCUCCGGAGCUGCCCAGCCCGGGGCCAGCCCCCUGGUGGCCGUGUCCUGCUCCAAUGAGUCCCUCAGGGUGUACGACGGGGACACGCUGCGCCUCCUGCGCGAGUACGGCGCCCGCGGCGGGGCCCUGGCCGGGGUCAGGUUUGCGCACACCUCUGCCAGCCUGCUGUUCUCAGCCUGCAGCCAGGGCACGGUGAAGUGCUGGGACGUUCGCUCAGCCAUGCAGAAACCAGUGCAGGUGUUCAGUGGUUAUCCCUCCAACGUCUUCAUCAGCUUUGACAUCAGCUGCAGCGACCUCAUCGUGUGUGCCGGAACGGAGAAGGUUGAAAAGGACACGUUUCUGGUGUUUUGGGAUGCAAGAGGCAUUACAGACUGUGCCAGUGCCACCAAAGAGCCCUUGGGAGUCUAUUCUGAAAGUCACAACGAUGACAUCACCAAAAUCUGUUUUCAUCCUGUGGAACCCAAUUUGGUUGUGUCUGGCUCGACCGAUGGCUUGGUGAAUGUGUUUGACAUCAACAAGGACAAUGAAGAUGAUGCUUUGAUAUCCACUUGCAAUUCAGAUUCCUCAGUGAGUUCUCUUGGCUGGGCUGGGGAGGAUUACAAGCAGGUCUAUUGCAUGACGCACGAUGAGGGGUUCUGCUGGUGGGACACGGCUCGGCUGGACACCGAGGAGCCCAUAACCCUGCUGCACGUCCUGGAUGCCAGAGAGGCAGUGAGCGCUGAAAACCACAGCCUGCAGUACCUGGUGGGAGGCUUCUACCACGAGAAGGCAGGGAAACUCUUCCUGCUCGGGGGAGCCGCCACAGGAGACGUGCACCUGCUCAGCUGCAGCACUGAGGGCCUGAGCCUGGUGGGGACCCUGCGUGGGGGACACGCGGCCACCGUGCGCUCCUGCUGCUGGAGCCCCACGGAGGAGUCUCUGCUGACGGGGGGAGAGGAUGCUCAGCUGUUGCUAUGGAAACCCGGGGCUGUGGAAAGGUCCCUCGCAAAGAAAGCAUCUCUGAAGAUCUCUUCUUCCGUGCAGAAGAGAGUGAGAGUUCACAACACCUCCCUCAAAAGCAGGAAAAAGUGAAUUGCCUGAAGUGAGAAUCUCUGCUGUGUAGAGCCUUCCUGGUGUUUAAUCUCUCCAGGCAAUACUUGGCCGUGUUUUAUUUGGAGGUUUUCUGUGGAAAAAAACUGUGGUGCUUAAAUUCCCCCUGGGAAUGUAUUUCAGUCAUCAGAAGAAUGCCUUUUAUUUUUUUUUAAGUUCCUAAUAUUAAUCAGACAAGAGUAAAUGUUUGCUCCUGAGUUCUUGAGCAACAGAUGCUAAAUCAUAUUAUAUAAAACUGUUUCUGUGGUUAUUUAAUGUUUCAGACAAUGUUUUAAAUGUGUAAUACAGGCCUAUGGCUUGCAAAGUUUGUUAUCUUCCCAGUGAUAUUCCCCUGGCACAUUUUAACAGCUUUUGUAUUCCAUGCUGUAUCCUGCUUUCUUCACAGAAAACUUAAUGAAAUUGCUCAAUUUAGUAAAAGAUUUUAUGUCACAUCUUAAUGCCUGAAGGAAUUACUUCUUGAUGAAACAGAAAAUAAGUAGUUUUGCACUGUCACAUCACUGGUUUAGAACAAGCUCAUAAAGAAGCAGCUGAUAGAGCCAUCUUUUUCAUAGCAGAUAUGAAUGUAUUCAACCAAACAGCAGCUAAUUUGUAUGAGUAUGAGAACUGUUCAACUGGCAUUAUUUCCUGCAUGAAAAUACCCAAGAAUUUUUGCAAGCAGCUUCAUUCUCUCCUCCUAAGUGCACCUGGAAGAGUGGGGAGAUCUUUGGUGGGUUGGAGAAAUUGAUGGAUGUAAUUACAUCAGUGGUGCUUAAAAUCCCAAACACUGGUUUGAAAGAAACUGGUGUCACGUGCUGAGUGGGGAUGCUGAAACCCAAAAAUGAACACUGCCUUCAGAGUUAUGAAGGAACAGACUGAUGUGAGGAGACUUCACCAAAACCUUUCAGAGGUUGGCUGGGUCCUUUAAGAAAAGUUUCUCUCUGCAGAGAGGUUUGUGCUUGGACAUCUCCCCAGGAGAGCUUUGUUUUAUUAUUCCACCAAAUACCCACUGAGUGGUGACAAAACCAGCCCUGUGCUUGUAAAAUGGGUGAGACUUCAUGUUUAUUCUGCUUUGCUGGCAGACUCCAACCUGUGCUCCUGGCUCUGCAUCACCUCCAGCCCUCCCA